CCCAGGAAUUUUCAUACAGAUUUUCGGUAUCCACCGCGAUGCCCCCAUGGGGGCGGAUAUUAAUUUCCCCCUGUCAGAUCCCUUUACACAGUUCCGACAAACAAGCGCUAACUUUUUUAAUCAAUCUUUUUUAUUAAAAAUAUUAAAAGCUGUUGUUAAAAAACUGAUUGAAAAGAAAUAGGAGUCUAUAAAAGUGUAUCUAAAAUUUUAUAUGCCAUGUGGAGGAGAGGAAGAAGAAUCCUGAGCUAAAUUUAUCAAGUUCAGCGGAAGUGACAAAUUUGAAGGGUUGAACCAACAAGUUUCGAGCGAGGCGUGGGUAAUCCAUGUUUAGGGUAACAUUUGCGUGACGGGCGGCACGGUAGAUCGUCGGUGUCGCAAUCCUUAAUGAAUAAGUAACGGGUAAAUGAACAUUUUUCGCGAAGCUCCGCCUUAAUUUUAUCUGCGUGCGGCAGGGAUGUACGAAGAGGAGGCGCGCAUAAAACAGACCGGCGCUUUGCCAGGUGCGAGCAGUGUCAGUUCCAACGCGGGACGUAUAUUACCUGUUACGCGUUACCUCCGCCGCGAGAACUUCGUACGACUUCCGACCGCAUAAAAAUUGUAUCCGAUCGACCGUGUGUCACGCGCGUAAGUGGAUCAAAGUUUCUUGCCCGGCAAUCAGGAGGGCGAUCGAGUGGGAAUCGGAAUCGCGGUGGUAUUCGAAGAAAGAAAGACGAAGAAAAAGAAUUUGAUCUAAGCCGGCGAUUAUCAUGAACAUCGAUGAGUUUCAAGUACGCGGCAAGGAGAUGAUCGAGUACAUAUGCGAGUACCUGCGCACCUUGGAGGGAAAAAGGGUGACAGCUAACGUGGACCCGGGUUAUCUGAGGCCUCUUUUGCCAAAGGAAGCGCCGGCCAAAGGGGAGUCUUGGGAUACGAUAAUAAGGGACGUGGACAGCAAAAUAAUGCCCGGGAUUACGCACUGGCAACAUCCACGAUUUCACGCGUACUUCCCAGCCGGCAACUCAUUCCCGUCGAUUCUCGGGGACAUGUUAUCCGACGCGAUCGGCUGCAUAGGUUUCUCCUGGGCGGCCAGUCCCGCCUGCACGGAAUUAGAAACGAUCGUCCUUGACUGGUACGCAAAAGCGAUCGACCUUCCACCAGAGUUCCUGGCCGAGCACAAAGGUUCAAAAGGUGGAGGCGUGAUACAAGGUUCUGCCUCCGAAUGCAUUUUGGUCACGAUGCUCGCAGCACGAACCCAGUCGAUUCGGACUUUGAAGGAACAGGACCCGAGCACCGAGGAUUCAGCGUUUUUGCCACGGUUGGUGGCUUACUGUUCUACAGAAGCUCAUUCCUGCGUGGAGAAGGCGGCGAUGAUCAGCUUAGUGAAACUCCGCGUUCUAGAACCCGACGAAAAAGGCUGCCUACGAGGUAAGCGACUCGAGUCUGCCAUACGCGAAGAUGUGGCGAACGGCUUGGUGCCAUUCUUCGUCUCGACGACGCUCGGUACCACCGGCUCUUGCGCGUUCGACAAUCUUGUUGAAAUCGGGCCGGUCUGCAAACUCUACCCAAACAUCUGGCUACACGUGGACGGCGCUUAUGCUGGGAACGCGUUCAUCUGCCCAGAGAUGAGAACGUUGAUGGCUGGCAUUCAACACGCGGACUCGUUUAACACCAACCCGAAUAAAUGGCUAUUGGUGAACUUCGAUUGUUCAUGCUUAUGGGUGCGAGACCGGGUGAAACUCACGUCGGCACUCGUCGUGGAUCCAUUGUAUCUUCAGCACGCCAGAUCCGGCGAAUCGAUCGACUAUCGCCACUGGGGUAUUCCUCUCAGUAGACGAUUCAGGGCGUUAAAGUUGUGGUUCGUAAUGAGAUCAUACGGAAUAACAGGAUUACAGAAAUAUAUAAGGAAUCAUAUCAGACUGGCGAGACGGUUCGAAACUUUAAUGAAGCGAGAUAAGAGAUUCGAGAUUACGAACGACGUGAGAGUAGGUCUCGUUUGUUUCCGGUUAAAAGAGAGCGACGAAAUAAAUCAGGAAUUGUUGGCGAACAUCAACGCGUCCGGGAGGCUUCACAUGAUCCCAGCCAGAGUCAUGGGCAAAUAUAUAUUGAGAUUCUGCGUGAUCAAAGAGAACGCGACCGAUGAUGAUAUCGAUUACGCUGUGGACGUGAUCGAGGAGCACGCGACAGAGGUGAUGCUCGCUCAUUACGAGGGCACCGAAGACGAGUUCAGGGCGAAGGGACCGAAGAGUCCCGCGGCAUUGGACAAGAAGCUCGUGCGGAAGUUCAGCUUCACCAGGAGCGUAACCAGAGACGUUUACAAACGAUCGAUCUCGAAGUCGAGCCUCCACGACGGCGCUACACCGAUCAUGGUCGUCGAGGAUAACGCGCAGGUCGACACCAUCGAGGAAGACGUGUUUUGUAAUAGCAGGUCGUGACGAUCCCGACGAUGAUACCAAGAUGAUCGAUGAAUUAAUGCGAAAAGCUUUUCGAAACCCGACCGGGUCGCGUAUAAAAGUAUCGAGAAUAGUUCCGUGAAUUUUGUUGGUUUUUUAGGGAACGGCCAAUGACGGGGAUCACGUUUCUCUUUGAGAUGGGAUUCGAUCGAAUGGAUUCCGAGUAUUAGUUAAAAGAAUGUGUCUUCUCGCACGUUACAUUUGAAUUGAGUUUGCCUGCUGUUAGAAGGCAUUAACGAUGAGGAGCUUCUUUGGGAAGUUGGCAAAUCGUUUGGGAAUUCGCCUUUCCACGCACGAUUUUAUGCAACGUAAGUGGAACUGGAAUUUAUUUUCGUAUUUAAAUGAAAAUAGGGCAGGAGAUAAUAUGCUGACGAGAAUAAUCGUUCAUACACGUAGGAAUUGUACUAAUUUUUGUAAACGCGUCAGAUGAUCGAUAGCGAUUACAAUCGAAUACGAUUUGUCAUUCAUCUAACAAGUUAGAACGUAAUUAAAGUUUAAUAUGUAGUUAUACAGAAAUAAGAACAUCGAUUGUCUUUUAGGCUAUCAAUAGAUAUAACAUCAAAUCGUUUCCGUGAACAUAUGAAAAUAGACCGAGUGCUCGAGUGGGAGACUUGGAACCAGGCGAUUUAGAGAAAGAAAAUGAAUGGAAGAGUUUACUUUCUUUCUGUAUGCGAGAGUGGGAGAGACAGAAACUCAUUCAAAGCAUGCUUUCUCUAUCUUCUACGGGCUCAACAAAAAUACAUUCGACGCUCGGUCUAUUCCCUUAUGUUUAUGAUCGUUCCACGAACGAAUUACGUACGAAAAAGACGAUAAUCUCGUGUUAGAUUAUUCGAAAAUAGAUACGAAAUGAAGACCUAACGUUUACGGUUGGAAUUUUGUCCUUAAACAUUAAUUAGAUCGUAUAUAUUACGUGUUUCUCUCCGGAGAGAUCGCUGAUAUUCCAGACGCGUUUGGAUUUGUAUCCAGCACAAUGCAAUCUAGAUUGUACUUACAGUGAUUAUUUAUUUCGUAUGUAAAUUUAACGUAAUAAAAUUGAAGUUCGUACUGUAA